UCUCGAUUACUCAAAGAACAACAAAAUUAAUACACAUACAUACAAAUAUAACUAGAUAACAAUUACACAUAAUUUCUUAAUGACUUACAAUUUAUUAUAAGUGACUGCAAGUCAGAUUUUAUUUUAAAUAUGUUUUACAUGUUUGAAGUGUUUUCAUCAAUAAUGUACAAACAUCAUAUUUGAGUUAAAUCGUAAGGAACGCCCAUAUUACAUACUUGGUUUACAAAAUGAGUAGUAAUUCCCUUUUAUUUGCAAUAAAUAAUGAGGGCAAGGUUUACGCUCUUUCUACGAGUGGGUCUUGUUGGAGAGAAUUUAUGUAUCUUGGUUUAGAAUUUAAGACGUUAUCAGCAGUGCCACACUUUUUAUGGGCAGUGGGUGGUGAUCGACAAAUAUACUUACAUGUUCAUGGCUUAGAGAUUCCGAUUAGAGUCAAAGAAGAAUCAUAUGAAAAUGAAAGAUGGCUUCCAUUAGAAGGUUUUAGUGGAAGACUUUUGCCUACGGACCGAUUCCAUUUUUCUUCUCAAGAUGGAACAAAAGAUAGAUCGAUUGACUAUAUUAGACUGCCUUCAAUGGCGUGGCAAUGGGAAGGCGAUUGGCAACUUGAGCUAACAUUAGAUGGCCAACCACUAGACCAUGACGGAUGGACUUACGCUGUGGAUUUCCCUGCACAGUUUGGCCCAGUGAAACAAUGGAAGUCAUGUGUAAGGCGAAGAAAAUGGAUUAGGUAUAGAAAAUUUAGUGCUAUGAAUUCGUGGUGUGCUAUUGCACCUCUUCAUAAAGAUCCAACUCAAGAGCCUUUCAUAGAUAUAAGUAUCGGUGGAAAUCAAAUACCAUAUGCCUCUGCUGGUACCUUGGCUGUUUGGGCUAUAACUGCUCAAGGACGUGUCAUGUAUAGGGUUGGUGUUAGUACAACUUCACCUGAAGGUUUAAAAUGGAUAAAUGUUAGUAUUCCACCAAAUUGUGACAUAAAACAAAUUUCAGUUGGGCCGACUGGCUUAGUAUGGGCACUACUAUGGUCAGGAAGAGCAAUAGUAAGAAAAGGUGUUAAUAAAGACUGUCCCUCUGGUGAAGCAUGGUUGGAAGUUAAAUCACCUCCUGAUACCAAAUUAACUUCUGUAUCAGUUGGAUAUAAUACUGUUUGGGCUGUUAGUUCUGAUACAAGAGUAUGGUUUAGGAAAGGUAUAGAAGGAACCCUAGCUGGAAAUUCUGAAACGGCUUCAAUGGGGACUGGAUGGUUAGAAAUAAAUGGAAACAUGAUACACAUUUCAGUAGGUAUUAAUGAUCAAGUAUUUGCCAUUGGAGAAUCUAAUAAAAGUAUUUACUGGCGUUAUGGAAUAACACCUUCUGAAUUAACUGGCAAGAGGUGGAGAACAAUACAAGCAAAUAUGCAACUUAGCCGUACAUCAAGCUCAACUAGUAUAAUUUCAUCAUCAUCAAAUCCUAAACACCACAGUUUAAGUUUACUUAAUGAAACUGUUCCAGAAUUAAAAACAAACAUAAAUUUACGUAAUUCCUGGGAAGAGUCACAUUCAGCACCUAUUGAAAAUACAUUACCAUUGAAGCCAUCGAAAGAGAUACGACCAAAGAAAAACUCAAAUGUAGAACAUAUUGAUUUAUCUGGAAAAAGCUAUGAAACAACAUUGAAAAAUCCAAGAGCUUGGAGUCCAGUUAGAAGUGUUGGUUCUGUGGUAGGAAUGGAAGCUCAACCAGACAGUGACAGUAGUGUUUUCGAUUUAGAUUCUGGAAUGUAUUUUGAUGAAGAAGUGAGCCAAACUGCUUGGGGAACUUGUGAUGCAACAUGGACAUUUAUAGAAGCUGGUGCUUGUUCUAUAGAUGCUGUUCAAGCACCACAUUGGUUUACAGAUUCCAAAAACGCUUACAAUACUGAUAUAACGGCUAAAUGGCGAUUCCAAAUUCUUGAUUCAUUAAAGAGUAGAAAUAUUUUAGAUGUUGACUACAAUAACUAUGGCUUAGCAAUUGAAAUGAAAGGUUGGACUCGAAGUUGUGAAGCAAGAUUAGUGUGCGAAAAUAAUACUAGUGAAGAUUCUAUUUUAUCACUAUAUUGGCAUGCUUCAGAAAAUACCGGAACAUUAUCAGUUUUUCAACCAGAUGGAACUAUUAAAUUUAUACUUAAUUUAGGUGAAAUUACUAGUAUUAUGACAUCAUCAGAACCUGGUUGCCCUAGAAUUACUUUAACAAUUCCACAUCAAAAUCAAAAGAUUAUUAAAAUUCAAUUUGUGUCUGAAAUGGAGCAAGAAGAAUGGUUAAAUGUCUUAGUUGACAUUUCAUCACAGAUUAAUGAUUUAUGUGGGAAACCAUCAAACCAUUCUGCGUGGGUUGUGACUAAUUCUGGUGAUAUACUCAAUUGGGAUCCAAAACCAGCAGAACACAAUACUGAUAAAAAUGGCUGCUACACAAAAGAAUUUCAAGUUUUUGGUAAAGAUAUUAUAAAAGGCUUUACAACAACUUUGCACAAUAACUUUCCACCUGGAACUGUACUCAACAUGACAGGAUGUUUAUUCGACGAAAUUAAUCGAUUUCACAUUAAUUUGCAAGGCCCUGAGGUUAAAAAACAAAGGCAUAAUAUAGAAACUGAAGUGACUGAAAUACCAUUACAUUUCAAUGUUAGAUUUGAUGAAUCAACUGUUGUUUGUAACACAAAAAAGUCUGGUUACUGGGGAGUAGAAGAGCGACAUGUGGUCCCAUUAAAACCUGGUCAAGAAUUCUCAAUUAAAAUAACAUGUGAAAGUAAUGGAUUUAUAAUAAAUGUUAAUGAAAUCCACUUUUGCUCUUUUAAGCACAGAAUAAGUCCAGAAAGUAUUACAUCUUUAUUAAUUUUGGGACCAUUAAAGUUAUACACAUUAGAAUACAGUUCUGCUAGUGCUAUUAUUGGACCUGAUGAAAUGAUCUGGCGUAUGAUGGGGGGUUAUUUGCGAAAGGUUGAAUGUUGUAAAAAUGGGGUAAUUUGGGGAAUAUCUCAUGACCAUAGAGUAUGGGUUUAUACAGGUGGUUGGGGUGGUGGUGUUCUUAAAGGGAUUGGAGGUAAUGAAGGUAUUCAUGCAAUGACAGAUACACAAACCUACUGUGUCUAUGAAAAUCAAAGGUGGAAUCCUUUAUCUGGUUAUACUUCUACUGGCCUCCCAACUGAUCGCUUCAUGUGGAGUGAUGUAACAGGCAAACAUAAAAGGACCAGGGAGCACACAAAAUUACUUAGCCAUCACUGGCACUGGAUUUCUGAAUGGAUGAUUGACUACAAUACUCCAGGUGGAGUAGAUGGUGAAGGUUGGCAAUAUGCAACAGAUUUUCCAGCUCCAUACCAUGGAAAGAAAGUUUUCACUGACUGUGUUAGACGUCGAAGAUGGUACAGAAAAGCUCAAAUAGUCACAGAAGGUCCAUGGGUUAGAGCUGGCAGUACUGCCUUACUUGAUGUCUCUUUAUGGGCUUAUGAAAAAGAAGUAUCUGUAUGGGCUAUAACAUUAGCUGGUGAUGCCAUUUAUAGGACUGGAGUCACAGCAGCUACACCAACGGGUCUUCAUUGGGAACACAUAAAUUGCCCCCAUACACUUGUUGCGAUAAGUACCGUCAACAAUUUAAUAUGGGCUGUAGGUCGAAAAGGAGAAUUGUACUUCAGAGAUGGUGUGACAAAAGAGAACCCUGGUGGUUCAAAUUGGAAAUUAAUUGAAGCACCUAAAUACACCUUCCCUUAUAGCCAAAAAACUAAUAUUGGUGCAAAGUUGGUAUCAUUGUCACAGAACUCAGCAUGGGUUAUUCUCACUAAUGGAAUUAUUGCUGUAAGAACUGGCAUAACUAGUAAUCUGCAUGAAGGGAAACAGUGGAAAUAUUUAACAGAUUGUGAAUUACCAUUUAAACAUGUGUCGUGUAAAGAGCAAGAAGUAUGGGCGAUAAGAAAUGAUGGCGUACUUCAAAGGCGCCUUGGCGUAACAGCGGAUAACGUGGCUGGCAUCGCCUGGCAAGAAGUUCAUUGCGGACCCUUAGUUCAUGUCUCAGCGAGAAUCUGUUCAUCUUAAUUAUAAACUUUUGACGGAGUAUUGCUUGUUUAUUGCUUUAAUUAUUCAUAUAUUGUGCAUGCGUUGUAUUUAAAAAAACAUGAAUACUCUAAUCUGACGGCAGUUAUAUAAAAAUGCAUUCCUUAAUUAUUUAAUUAAAUUUUGUACCUUAGAUAUUUAAGCAAUGUUUGUGAUAUUCUUUGUACUCCAAAGUCGAAUUUUCAAAUGACAUAUUCCAAAAACUGCUCAUUAUAUUUUUAGUUUAUUAUUAGCACAUAUUAUAAGAUAAAUGAUCUAGUCAUAACAUUUGUUUCAAGUUCCUUUGUACUUAAUUUUUAGUUUUAUAGCUAC